AUGCAAGUUUCAUUCUGUCUCCAGAAAGAGCCGUCUGUCUUGAACGAAGGCCAAAUGUCCGAGUCGCCUGACUUGCCGCGCGUACAGAGCGCACUUGAGCUGUCAAAAGGAAGAAAAGCCUUCAUUAUUCUGGCUGGCACAAUUUUUGCCUUCAAUGCUUCCCUUGGCGCCUCACUUCCCUCCGGAGCCUCAUCAAAUAUUGCCGAAGCAUUUGAAGUGGUUGGUCCAUUAUUUUUUGGACCUCUGAGCGAGUAUGUUGGUCGCCGACCAGUUCUCAUCGGGACGUAUUUUCUAUAUGUGGUCUUCACACUUGCCUGUGCCUUAACGCCAAACUUCGACGCUUUACGUGUGUUCCGCCUUUUGUGUGGUAUCGCCGGAUCUGUUCCAAAUUCUGUUCUGGGCGGGCUCUACAGCGACAUCUACGAUAAUCCUGAUCAGCGUGGCAAAGCCAUGACGCUCUUCAUAUUCACGGCGAUUGCUGGUCCCAUGGCUGGGCCUGUGAUCUCAGGUUUCACAGUCCUGCUCUCGUGGCGCUGGGUCUUUUAUGUCGCCGUGAUUCUAGCAGGUGUUGGGCUUCCCAUCAUGGUUCUGAUUCCAGAAACAUACUUUCCUGUUCUGUUGAGCGAGGCGAAACGAGUGAACUCACAACUGAACAUUGACCAGACUUAUCAAGAGACAGCACAAUUUUCUGUUCAGAAAAUAUUCUGCUGA